AUGAGUAAACCAACCGAAUUCAAAGAAAACACAUCCAUUGUGGUUUUUGGGGCGUCAGGGGACUUGUCUAAAAAAAAGACAUUCCCUGCCCUGUUUGGGUUGUUCAGAGAGGGCUAUCUUGACCCAAGCUGUAAAAUCAUCGGCUUCGCCCGCUCCAAUUUGAGCGAUGAAGAUCUUCACGAGAAGAUCAAACCCAACCUAAAGACCAACAACGACGAGAAGGGUAGUGAGAAGAUAGAGCAGUUUUUGAAGAUGGUCAGCUACAUUUCUGGCCCAUAUGAUAAAGAUGAGGGCUUUGACAAACUUGCGAAAGAGCUCGAUUCUUAUGAGAAAAAGCAAGGCGUCAAAAGCCCACACAGAUUGUUUUAUCUGGCGCUGCCCCCAAGCGCUUUCGUCACGGUCGCAACCCAAAUCAAGAAAAAAGUGUACGCCGAACACGGUGAGACCAGAGUUGUCGUUGAAAAGCCAUUUGGUCACGACCUCGACUCAUUCCGUGAAUUGCAGUCCGAUCUUUCCCCAUUGUUUCGCGAGGAUGAGCUUUUUAGAAUCGACCACUACCUUGGUAAAGAGAUGGUGAAGAACCUGGUAUUCAUGAGAUUUGGUAAUACAUUCCUCAACGCUGCAUGGAAUAAGGAAAAUAUUCAAAUGAUUCAAAUCUCGUUCAAGGAGCCGUUUGGUACAGAAGGCCGCGGAGGCUACUUCGACGAAAUAGGCAUAAUCAGAGAUGUUAUGCAAAAUCACUUGCUGCAAGUGCUGACCCUUCUAACCAUGGAACGCCCUGUCACUUUCGACUCAGAGGCUGUCCGCGAUGAAAAAGUCAAAGUGUUGAAGGCAUUUGCUCCUAUCGACCACAAAGACAUUCUGAUUGGUCAAUAUGGCAAAUCCGAAGAUGGCUCGAAGCCCGGUUACCUUGACGACGACACCGUCAACCCCGACUCUAAGUGCGUUACCUUUGCUGCACUUGGUUUCAAAAUCCAAAACGAGCGCUGGGAUGGCGUUCCAAUUGUGAUGAGAGCCGGUAAAGCUUUGAAUGAGGGUAAGGUCGAGAUCAGAAUACAGUUUAAGGCUGUUCCAUCUGGAGUUUUCAGCGAAGUCGCUCACAAUGAACUAGUUAUCAGGGUGCAGCCUGAUGAAGCCAUUUACAUAAAGUGCAACUCCAAGACUCCUGGAUUGUCUACCACUAGUCAAGUUUCUGAGCUAGACUUGACAUAUGCAAGACGCUUCAAAGACUUUUGGAUUCCUGAAGCGUAUGAGGCUUUGAUAAAAGAUGUACUUUCCGGCGACCACUCCAAUUUUGUUAGGGACGACGAAUUAGAUAUCAGUUGGAAGCUUUUCACUCCUUUGUUGAAAUACUUGGAAGGCCCAGAUGCUCCAAAACCUGAAGAAUACGCAUAUGGCUCCAGAGGUCCGGCCGAGUUAGUCAACUUCUUGAAGUCUCACGACUAUGUGUUUGAAGAUUCUGGUUCCUAUCAAUGGCCAGUAAUUACGCCAGAGGUUACAAAGAAGAAGCAGAACAGUACGGAUUCUAAGAUGUGA